GCUGAGAGUGUGGCGGGAUCCCUGGUUCAUAGCAGCAGGACUGAUGACCCCCAGUAGCUGAUUCAGGGGCUGGUUUAAUCUUCGUCUUUGCUUUACAGUUGGUUCCUAAUUGAAGCAGGAUUACUCAUUUCAGCUGGUGGUGCUAGAUGUGACAGUGUUCUUAUGUCUUCCUCUCUGUGUGGCCAAUUGAUUUUUCUUACAUCAGUGCUGUUUUCAUGCUCUGAUGCUACAUCUUCAUCUGUUUCUGUUAGUAGUAAUACUGCUUCUGUUUUAUAGCGCCACACAACUUCACUGCCUGAAGCAUCACAUGCUGCACUAAUACAAAUGGAAAAUGUUCCCUGGGGUGGGGGUUCAUGCUUUGCUCUGUGCUGCAGCACUGUUGGCUGUAUGUGAUGUCACCUUGUUGAUUAUCUUACAAAGUUAAUAUACCCAGGAGCACAGCAUCAUCUGCCCAGCAGCCAGCAUCUCUUUCUGUCUGUCAGUAGCACAAAUACCCUCCCACACUAAUAGCUAAAUAUAAUCUGACUGCUUUCAGGUCUGCAUCACAGACUUGGAUUUGAAACAGGCCUGAAACAAAAGGUGAACAAAAUGACUAUGGCCAAUUUGCCUUGAUAAUUAACUGUAUAUUCCAGCGCUCAUGUGAGGAUUUGCUGCUCUUACCUGCUUCAUGGCAUUGCAAGUUUAAACAUCUUUGUGUUUUGGAUUUUUGGUCAGGGAAAAAGUGCAGUUUGAAAGUGUAAAGGGAAACGAGAUGUAUGCUAACAAAUUUGAAAGGCAUGCGUUAAAUCUUAAAUUAAUGUCAUAGCUUUAGGGCUGCAAAUGCUUUAGUUCUGUAGCUUCUCACCAUCAUUGACUGGAUUUCAGUGUAGCACAGGGCUGAACAAUCAAUCAAACUAAUGUCAAAAUCAUAACAUGGCUAAGUGUAGCCACAAUGUUUGAAUUGAGGAUAGGUGUGUCGCAAAAUGUCAUUAUGCAUGAAGUCUUUUGGAUACCGCGGCUUACAAGUUCCAUGUUACAGACAUAUUAGAACAUGCUUAUUUUUUACAGAUUGUUGCAAAAAUCACAUCAUCAGUUUGUAUUUUUCAGUGGAAAAAUUAUGAAAAAUGAUCAUUUGCACAUAACUUGUGACCCAUGUCGCAACAGGCCUCAAAAUAAUAUCUAACUGAUUUAUUUCUUGCCCAUUAUUCAGCCCUACUGUUGUAUAAGUCACAUAAUGAAACACUUAGUUAGAAGUUUACUGUUUUCUAAUUUAAUAUCCUCUGGUCCCAUCAUACUAACUGUCACACGCCUCCCGUUUGUUAAUCUACCUCAGUCUCUGCCUCCAGGCCAACCUGCUGCAGUAUUUCAACCUCUUCUGCACUGCUGGGCAACUUCUCUGUAUACUUUUACCAGACAUUUUUCUGUCCUGUUCUGGUGUUUGGCUACACAUUAACCUGGAAGUCCACAUGUAGAGCAUUUAAAAGCAUACCACAGUGGAAGGUCACAGCCUUAGCCUUGGAGAUUUUCUGCAGUGGAAACGCCCUGCGAGACCCCAUGGCCAUGGAGCGAGCCAACCUCCUGAACAUGGCCAAGCUGAGCAUUAAAGGUUUGAUCGAGUCGGCUCUGAGCUUCGGACGAACGCUGGACUCGGACUACCCGCCUCUCCAGCAGUUCUUUGUGGUCAUGGAGCACUGCCUCAAGCACGGACUCAGAGUGAAGAAGUCCUUUCUGGGUUUUAACAAGUCUCUGUGGGGUCCUCUGGAGCUGGUGGAGAAACUCUGUCCUGAAGCAGCAGAGAUCUCAGCCUCCGUACGAGAUCUGCCUGGACUUAAGACUCCUUUAGGCCGAGCCAGAGCUUGGUUGCGUUUGGCUCUCAUGCAGAAGCGGCUGGCCGACUACCUGCGACUCCUCAUCACCAGAAAAGACCUGCUCAGCGAUUUCUAUGAGAAUUCAGCUCUGAUGCUGGAGGAGGAGGGAGCCGUGAUCGUUGGCCUGCUGGUGGGCCUGAACGUCAUUGAUGCUAAUCUGUGUGUGAAAGGCGAGGACCUGGACUCUCAGGUCGGCGUGAUCGACUUCUCUAUGUACUUGAAGAAUGACAUCGAUGAUUACAGGAGUGAAGAGAGGAAUAGCCAGAUCGCAUCCAUCUUGGAUCAGAAGAACUAUGUAGAGGAACUGAACCGACAGCUCAAUUCCACAGUUCAUGGUCUUCAGGGCAGAGUCGACUCUCUAGAGAAGUCCAACUCUAAACUCAUAGAGGAGUUAGCCAUAGCCAAGAACAACAUCAUCAAACUACAGGAAGAAAACCAGCAGCUAAGGAGUGAAAACAGCUUGAUUCUGCUGAAAGCACAACAACAUUUAGAGGUAACUCAAGGCGAUGUGUCCGUGGAGAGAGACACGUACAAACAGUCUCGUCAGGGUUUGGAUGAGAUGUACAAUGAGGCUCAAAGACAGCUGAAAGAGGAGUGUCAGCUCAGACAGGAUGUGGAGAACGAGUUGGUCGUCCAGGUGUCAAUGAAACAGGAAAUGGAGCUGGCAAUGAAGCUUCUGGAGAAAGAUAUUCAUGAAAAACAAGACACACUAAUCGGACUGAGGCAGCAACUGGACGAGGUCAAAGCCAUCAACGUAGAAAUGUACCAGAAGAUGCAGUCAUCCGAUGAGGAGAUGAAGAAGAAGAACGAUGUGAUCAGCCGUCUGGAGGAGAAGACCAAUCAGAUCACUGCCACCAUGAAGCAGCUGGAGCAAAGAUUGCAGGAGGCAGAGAGGCACCGCACAUCGGCCGAGGAGGGAACCCGGCGCUUCAAGUUGGACUUUGCCAACAAGGCCGACAGCCUGCAGCGGCAGAUCGAACACAGAGAAAAGCAGCUCCAGCAGCUGGAGACUGACCUGAAGAUAGAGAGGGAGUGGAGACAGACGUUACUGAAUGAUCUGGACAGAGAACGAGACACUGUGGCUCAGCUCAGCACAGAGGCGCUGCAGAUCAAUGGACUGAAAAAGGAGUUCCAUCGUCUCCAGGAUGAAAACAUUCAGCUAAAGUCCAUCUGUGAGGACCAAGAACGAGCUCUGGAGGAACUAGGCUCUAAGCUCAGCGAAUCCAAAAUGAAGAUCGAAGACAUCAAAGAAGCCAACAAAGCUCUUCAGGGAGGUCAGGUUUGGUUGAAGGACAAAGAAGCCAGUCACUGCAAGCUGUGUGAGAAGGAGUUCUCCAUCUCAAGACGAAAGCACCACUGUAGGAACUGUGGGGAGAUUUUCUGUAACAGCUGCUCUGACAAUGAGCUUCCACUGCCUGCGUCUCCCAAACCAGUCAGAGUCUGUGACACCUGCCAUGCCCUGCUCCUCCAGCGCUGCUCCUCCAAUCCAACGUGAGUCUUGCUCUGCUGCCAGCACAGCUUGAAAACAAUCUGAGAUCAGACACGUAAAUAUCAACUCUCCAGUUCUCCGCAAGAUCCAUCUCCCAACUUCCAGGGUGUGAUCAAGAAGUUCCAAGUCUGCAUCUGUUAAAUUCAAAAAGCAUGCCUAAUUGAAAUUCAACUGCCAGUUGUCUUCUUGUGCAGUGAUACACGGAUAUACUCUGGAAGACACAUUCUGACCACUAAACACAGUUUCACCUUGAACCUCAAACGUGUAGAAAGAGACGUUUUUUUUUGUGUGUUGAACUGACGAGGAUCACGUGGUGAUGAAACUUGGGUCUACAUCCUCAACCCAGAGGACAAGCAGCAGUCUUCACUGGAAGAACCUGCAACCUCCAAGACUGAAGGAAGGUCAGCAGUUCAACAAGAGCCUGAUCAUUUUGUUUGACAUGUAUGAUCAGCGCUGAACUGUCUGCAGUCUUGGAACGUCUUGAUUGCAUCUCCUAUAUUAACGGUGCUUGCUGCUAGGAGUGGACCAGAUGCAUGAACACUCAUUUGUCUUUUUCGUUUAAAGAAGUCUCACUAAGUGAGCUGCACCUACAUCGUUGUACCUUGUCAAAGUUUGAUGUCGCUGCUUCCUCUGCAGAUGCUCUGUCGGGAGUGCAAAACAUGUCUUGCAAUCAGACAGAAAUUUUCAUAUUAAAUCACAAACCUUCAGAGAUCUUCAAUAUACACCCGUUCUACAGUUCAUUCCAAAAAAUGUUAUACAUGAGUAUUUGAAAAUACUCUCGGUAGAAAAUAAGUUUUAAACUUCUGCUUUCAGUUUCUUGGUACUGAGUGAAUCAAACAACCUGAUUGGGUAAUACUGAAAGCUGGAAAGAAGCACUGAGCUUUUUGACAUGAACCUUCUCAUUGAUCUGACCAAUGGUCACAGUUAAAAAAAAAAACACUCUUAAAGGCACAACAGGUUUAAAUCUAUCAAGGUGCACUGCAGGCCUGCUGUCAUUUCUGCACACAGACAGACUGAUCAGCAGCUCUGGUUCUGGUAAACUUUAGCAGGAUGAGAAACUUUGUUUAGGGAAGAAGGAACAACUUUAUAAAGAGCUGAAAGUGAAACUGACUGUGAUGAGCACUGCUGCAGCUGAAUGAACCAAACUGCCAGUUUCACUCAGCGUGUGCCAAACCUCAAACUGUACACAUUAACUGUACGGCCAAAAACAUGAUAAUAUAGUUUAUACAUGCAGUAUGGUGGCCUUGGUACUGUUGGUGAGUCUGAAUUCAAAGCUCCUUCUUUUUAAGGCAGCAUUUACUCAGGCAGUGCAGAUCAACCGAAUUAACAGGGUAAAACAAAUGAACCACAUCUUACAAAAAUGAAACAGAAACCAGAUAUAUUUCUGUUCAGUCAGUGAUGAGAUUGGAAUUGUGUGAGAAAAUUCAACUGGUCACCCUCAGUCUGUUUAGAUGAAUCAUGGCCGAAUGAAAAAUGCAAUGAGCCACAUUUCUUCAGACUAGUUGCUGGAACAUUUACAACUCCAAGCAUCUUGAGCUCUAACACUAGAUUAGGUUAGACUAGUUCCCCAUUAGGCUGUGGAACUGAAAAAAUGGCUAUGGUGCCACAUGUGCCUGUGGACGUACAGUGGAUUUUACCUACUUUAGCUUCUCUUGUUGCCAAAAUGAGCCUUAUAUUUCUACAGCGAGGAUUUCUGCAGAGAAUCUAAAGCCCAACAUAUUUCAAAGUAGCAACACUAGCCUCUACUAGUCAAGCAAUGAGUCUAGAUUAAAGGCACAUAUCACUGUUUGUUUGAGACACUAAUGCCGUGGAUUCUGCUUAAAGGACCAAGAAGAGAGCGAAACAUGCAGCCAGCCUGACUCUGUGUGGUUCUCCUGUUGAUGAACCACUGAUGGCUAACUUACAACACGACCACUUCACGAGUUAGUGGUUGUCAAGAACAGACUUAAGUGUUGCAAAUCUCUGACAACUUUGCCACAAAGUAUGUUUGAGCACUUGCCAGUCAUAUGUUGUCUGAAUAUAGAUUAAUUUGAGAGUAUUUAUAUUUGAUUUUGUGUCUUCUGCACAUUCAUUUGUACAUUCACAAGUCUGAGGAACUUGUCUGAACUUUCCCUGUUCACUUGAAGUCAGUCGUGAUCACAUGUAGAAAAAUCACCUUUUACUGCUGCUCCAUUGCUGAGAGGAAAAGUUUGAAACUUUAAAAUACUUGUUAAUUUUUUUUUUAAAUCAAGAUUUACAACUGUAUUGCAUUGUCAAACGAAAGCUGAUUCCCCACAAGUACACAAUCUUCAAUGACGGGUCGCGAGCUUCAGUGUAUAUUCUGGUUUUGUACUUGCAAUGUUUACAACCUCAGAAUUUUCACAAACUGGAAGUAUUCAUUCCCUUGAAGACAUAAAUCGGGCUGGGGUUCAUUUCAACAAGCGGUUCUUGUUUCAAAUAGUUUUAAAUUAUUACAAGUUUUUCAUGUCAUCAAGUACUAGAGGCAACUGUUUCUGAACUGAACCCUGCCAGUCUUAUUUUUUGUGCAGUGUUGCUCUUGUAAAUCUCCCAGCUUUCAGUGGGACUUGUACAGUGUUGAUACGACUGUAUGUUGAAUAUAAAUAAGGUUUAUAAUCGCUGUGGCCGUUUAGCUUACUAAAUCCUGCCAGUUUAAUAUUAACUCUAUUGCCAACAGUCUGCUGCCUUGACUGUAGCAGUUUGAUUAAAUCAAGGACAGACACAAUGAA